UACACAUCACUGUGAGGGGUGUACAAUAUCAACUGCUGUGCAGAGGAAACCAAACUGUUCUCGUAGCUCAAGGCAUUAAACUCAUUUAUUAUGUAUGAUGGAAUUAAACUUAAUACAUCAAACAAUUUGGCAAUGAUUGUCUUAAAGUGGAGGCUACACACAGAGGCGCAGGGAGAUUUUUUUGUGGACAUUUGUGUAUCGUUUACAGUAUAUUUUGGUGUCAACACCGACAACAAAAACCACUUUAAACGAGCUCCGUGUGCUGUACAUUAAGGAUUAAUAAAGGAGCGCGAUUUCUGCGGUCUCUCUUGUUUUCUUAGUGCCGAAGUUUUGUCCCGAAAGGAGCUGAAGCUUCCAACAAAAAGCAAAAGUUUCAUAAAGACCAGUGUAACAGAACUGUGCUUGGUUAACACCUACAGCAUCAGACAUGUUCAAGCUUGAAUCAUACAUCACACCCCUUCUAAUGGGCUAUCUGGAUCAGUAUGUCAAACUGCGACCAGAGGACCUACAGCUAAGCUUAUGGGGUGGAGAUGCGGUUUUAUAUAAUCUGGACCUGCGCCUGGAUGUGCUAGAGAAGAUUUUGCAGCUGCCUAUCACUUUCAGCAGUGGCCACAUCCAUGAGCUACGUCUCCACGUGCCAUGGACAAAGUUAGGCUCUGAGCCCAUAGUGGUCACCAUCAACACAGUGGAAUGCAUCUUAAAGGUUCGUGAUACAGCCUAUGAAGAAACUGUCACUUCAGUUGCCAGCGACUCUUCAGGAAAAAUGGCUACAACAGGACGCAUCAAAAAGAAAGUAAAGCGCCAGACUACAGAGGAACUACCACCUGGCUAUUUACAAAGCAUUGUUAAUCGCAUGGUGAACAACAUGAGCUUCAUUGUCAACAAUCUCAUCAUCAAAUUUGUUGAGGAUGACAUUGUUUUUUCAAUGAAUGUGAAGUCAGCAGAAAGCUACAGCUGUGAUCAGACUUGGAAAAGAGCGUUCAUUGAUGUUACACCUGAAGAUUUAGUUCUAAGGAAAGUAAUCAACUUUUCAGACCUAACUGUAUGCUUAGAUAAAUCAAGUUCAGAUGGACGCAUUGAUAACUAUCAAGAGCCUAUGCUGUAUCGUUGCUUUGUUAUGUGUCGCCUGCACAUGGCAUAUGACUCUUUGCAUGCCAAAUUCCCAUGUGUUACUCGUUUAAAUAUCCUCUCUGAAAAGCUGGAGUGUUUGAUAACAGACACACAGUUGCCUAUGUUUAUUCGUCUUAUAGAGCUUUUCAUGGCUCUGUACUUUGGUUACCUGGACAUACCCUCAAGAAUCAGUGAGUUGCCUGGAAGUCCUACCAAGACAAAUGCGACAGAACUUCCAUCCUUCGCCCAAUAUGGCGAUGAAGAACAGACAGCAGGAGAUGGGGAGAAUGUUGGCUGGGCAGCAUGGAUGUGGUCCAUGGUUCCUCAAAUUUUGCUGGAUGAAGAUGAUGAGAAGAUGCAUUCUGCUACUUCACAACCUACACCCCGGUGUUUGCAGUUGGAUUCUACAUCAAGCGCUUCACUGUUACCUUCAAGGAAUGCAGAAGAAAAUUGCUAUACUGAAGAGUUCUGUUGCUUGCAAGUAGUAUUUGUAACUGAGUGUGGCUCAGUUCAGCAAAUCUGUCUGACAGAGCAAGUCCGGGUAUCUGGGAACCUCAAGCUGACUUUUCACCCUAUUUUGGUGCUGGAGUCGACUGGCUUGGCCCUGGAAGUGUUAAUGAAAGGCUCAACAUUCUUUGACACACAGUUUGGCAUCACCCACUUUGCCCUUAGUACUGUCGGUCCCUGCAUCUGUGGAUCAAGAGAUAAAGGAUCAUCAAAUCCAGAGAUUCUGGUGUGUGGAGAAGACAGCAGUAAUGAGGGAUACUACACAAGAGGCUCCCUCUUUGAUUCCUAUUGUGGAACUCGAGGGGAGAAACAUCAGUUUGUGCUGAACAUUGAAGAGCAUAUGCAGAAGUACACAGAGAGCUAUGGUCUCCAAAGAUUUAGAGCUUUCUGGUUUGACUACAUCAGCACUCUGGAUCUGCCUGACACUGGUCACUCAAGCAGUUCUUCUGAUGCUGAACUAGAGGACUCCAGCUUGUUUGAUCGAGAGCAGUCAAUAUACCGGUUCACCUUUGGGCAAAGUCACAUUUAUGUCACAUCGUCAGCUGUUCAUCGUAUUCAGAAGUUUCUUGCUUGUGCAUGUGAUCAUCACUAUGAGCCAUAUAAAAGACCUAAAGCUUAUGGUGAGGAGCAGCGAUUGCCACUGACAGAAAACCAGGUGAAAGAAUUGGAAGAGUUUCUACCUACUUGCUCAUAUCAUCUGACUUUGCUCAAGCCCUCAGUCAUUGUGUUGGCAGCUAAUCACCCUGAAUGCAAUGUUGCUACCAAAGCAUAUUCAACACGUGGUGUUAAAGAUAAGAGUGACCAGGUCAGAAUGAAAGGCACUGUUGACUGGCUGGAGGCAAAAGUGUCUGCUGAUCGAUUUGACAUGCAGAUAGUGACACCCAUGUACCCUGGCAGGCUGGCUAGACUCGUCAGUAACAUUGCUGGACCUUCAAGCAAUCUCAUGUACCACUGCCACUCUCAUACCCAGCUCAAGGUCUUCAGUCUGCAGGCUGCCCUGAGCAAGACUGAUCCAAGUACCAUAGCUACUCAGCCUAUCAAACUUCUGCCUCCUUAUAGUGCAGCUUUCUAUUCACGAAGUCUGGUCAUGCCACACAUGUGGAAUAAUUCUCAUCUGCCACUGUGGGAAAGAAGCUGUGAAAUACCUCAGGUCAGCCUGACCCUGUCAAAAGUGAGUCUGAUGGCAGCUGUACAGCUUUUGUCUUCAUGGACACAACAGCAGCAGCAACAGCAACAAAUGAAGCAGCAGUGGCAUCUGAAUCCAUCACACAAUUUUGAAGUACAGCAUCAGGAUCUAUUUCCAGAUCCAGGGACAGGUGCUUCUCCUAUGCUUGAGCUGACAGUAACAAGUAUAGAACUACGUGUUUGUUCCUCUCCACUUGUAACUGCCUGUACAGGCAGCCUGUCCUCCAUCCAGCUCAUGUUGUACCUACCAGGUGAUGAGAAUGAAUCGACAUCCAUCCUGCCAUUGCUGUAUGGCCCUGUUAAUGCCAGCAAGGCAGCCAACAAGGCUGUUUUUGAGGCUGGUACUCCUGCCUGUGUAGGUGACUCUGUUGACUGCUUUGCCUUCCUUCUGCAGAAACCACAACACACAAUCAUUGCUGAGGCUGCUCCAGCAGUAGUGGUUAUCAGGCUGGAGGGACUGGCUAUCUGUUUGGAUCCUGGCUUGCUGGACUGGUUUGCUUAUGUUCCACAAUACCAGCAGACUCCUGCAGCCAACAGCAACAAGCCAGUUGCAGCACUGGAUCUCUCUCUUGUUCAGGCGACCUCACCUCUUCAAGUAGAUGGUUCUAGACUGUCAGUGAGAUCCAGUAGUUCACACACAGUCCCAAAUACCUCAAGGGUGCAUUCCGAAUCACAAGCUAUGUCAAAAGCACCUUCAUCCUUCCCAGACCAUAGUUCUGACAAAACAAGUGGUGACACACAGGAAGGCCUGGGUCGAACACUGUGCCAGCUUUUCCCCCUUCUUCGCAUGCUGCAGGUCCAGGUCGACAUACAGAGUAGCUGCAUCUUUGCGCCCAAGACAUCAGUGAGGCUGAAAGAGCCAAGUGUGGACAUUGCCAGCAAUAUCUGGUCAUCAUGGAAAAGUGGACAGGUGGCGGAUGUUCUGGUGAUUUGUCUGCCUGCCAUCACUGUGCGCAGUGUAGCUGCUUCCUUCAUUCCUGUCUUGCAGGAUAUUCCUGUCACCACUCUUGAUGGGUCAUUACUUGGUGACAAGCUGCCAUGGACAGUACAUCUGAGUCAGUGGAAUGUCUUUUCCUUACAUGCCAAUGAAGUGUGUUGGGCCAUACUUGAAGGAAUGGACCUGUCAUCAACUGUGGGUGUUACUGUGCAAUAUGACCCGCCAACCUCAGAUACCAUUCAUUCCCUUGCACUCUGUGUACACCUGGAUAUUACCCCUCCAGAGUUCACCUUCAUGCAUAAACAGGUGACUUUAGGUGGUGCCAUUUCCAGCUUGGUCUGGGAUUUGAGCACCAGUGUGAAGCAGCUUUAUCAACACAUCCUAAAUAAACUUGCAACCAGUACAGUUAGGGUCCCUUUCUGCAUCUUGCACUCUUGAUGAUUUAGUGCAGAUCAAGCUAGUGGUAGUAGUGGCCAAAAUCAUCUGGAUUCCUCCUUUUUGGGAAACAACACAGAGGCCUUGACUGGGGAUCAGUUAGAGGACGUCUCUCAGGAGUCAGGUCCUGUGCAGGGCCUGAAUGUGAUGUCAUCCACAUUGAGUGACCACAGCUUGAAAGUGUCUGCAUGGAUACAAUUAAUGAUGCCCCGUUGCACAGUCAGUCUCCACACAAUAGAAGAAGGUUCGCAAGUGAAGAUGGUUCUAGAAGAUUUUGCUGUUUCUUGUGAUGUGCACCAAGUUUACCAUAAACUUAAGGUGUCACUAGGUAGCAUCAGCAUUCACAAGUACAGACAAAUGUCAGCAGGCGACUGGCAGCUGGAUGUGAAUGUGCCAGUGCUACUGUCGACUCUCAAACACCUCCCUCAGCAUUUCAAUGUUGCAUCCAACAAGCUAGAGGUGGCUGAAGGUCAGGCAUCACAUUUGUAUUUCUCAGGCCAGGGAGGCUCUGUGGGAGAGAAAAGGCAUGGUUUUCUGUCACUGACAUAUACACGGGCUCUGUGCAAAAAUGUGCUCAGCAAGAUCAAGAAGCUAAACGUGGAAGUGACUAACUCUCUGGGCAUCUCAGAACAAUGCAUCCCAUCUACUUUAUUUUUCCACAAAUGGUUAUCAGAAAUUUGCCUUAAAGUUGAAGCCUUUGAUGCUGUUUUUCAUAUUUCUACCCUGGAAGAGAUAAGGCAUUUGUGGUCGCCUUUGAAAGAUAGAAGAGAGCAAACUGCUUUCAAAACAUCACAAAGUGCUGCACAUCUUCCUAAAAUGUCUACCAAGCAGUCUGCCAUCUUGGCAUCCCACAUGUGCCCUCUUGUACAUGCUGAUAUUAGCUGUGUCAGAGUCUUUUUGCUGACCAAUGUUGAUAGAUCAACCCCGAAGGACCAUGAAGUGGAGGAGCCAUUCUCAAAGACAACUUUGACACAUGAUAUGCUCCUGUUACAGCUUCAGGCUGUGCAUGUACAACCAUAUGCAGACAAUCCAUUGCCCAGGUACGCUCUGGAGCGGGAGUUGUUUCACUGUGCCCUACAGGCAGGUUUAACCCAGCAAGCUGGCUUCUGUAUUGAAGACCGCCAGUAUCAGCUACAAAUAUCUGCAGCAUCAGUAUCUUCAGGUAGAGCAGCAUUUUUCUACCCGCUUUUCAUGUACAUGGGCACAGUGGUCUUGUGUGACAAGAGACACUGGGAAGUACACAGCAGCAGCUUCUUCUGGUGUGCAGUUUCCUGCCUUAGAGUGGAACACAUACCUUGGGAACAGAAAGAAGACGGGGAUAUUGAGGUCAUACCUAUGGUCAAACCAUUUAACAUCUGCCUUGUUGUGGCUCCACCUAUUGUCUAUGUCAGAGAAGAGCAGGAAGAGCAGGGUUUACUUGUGUGUGGAUUGACAGCUGAGCUGAAUGUGAAGACAGACUUGGAAGUAUACUUGAGUGCUAAACAGCUACAGAUAAUGAUGACUGCAAGCACUUUAAUAUCUCGGCUUGUUACUCCUCAGUAUAAUCCUUCAGCCAGCAAAGGUCCUAUACCAGCACCAGGCCUACUAGCCCAGGCUACAACAACAGACAGUGGAAUAGAGAGUGAUUUUUCUCAUGUAUCCAGCCAUAUGUUCGGAAGACACACAAGAAAUGCUGGCUCUAAGGCAUGUACCUUGCCAGUGGAUAUUUUGCUAACAGCUGGAAGAGUUUCCUUAGCGCUGUAUACUCACCAGCAGCAAACCAUGGACUAUACAGCAGAUGCUGUUACCAAUAUCCUUCCUCAGACACCAUUUUCAGCAAGAAAGUCAGAGAAAAGUGAACUGCUUGCAGACAAUUUUAUUGAACUCGCAUUUGGUACUGGUGCUGAAGAUGAAAAGUCACCUGCAGGUAACCUGUGCAGUUCUUUUGACUUUGUGCUUCAGGGAGAAAGCUCUCAAGGUUCAAGAGCUGCCGUGCCUGCAGGCACUUCAUGUGUUCAACCAUUUGUCUAUAUCUACAUAGCCCAGCCUCAUACUCUUGUAAAGUUCUGGCCAGAGGUGGACAAGGUUGAGAUUUCUUGUUAUGACAUUCUCGUCAAAGGAGCUGAGGGCGUGCAUGUUUUCCCAGCAAUGGAACAUCACAUUCUCCCAGACCAUGCUGAUUUCAAUGUGUACUGGCUAGAGACACGUGCAGGAAAACCUAACACAAAGACUGGUAUUCCACCCUGUUUGCUGACUUUCAGUCUCAUCAAUAUCAGAACACUACCAGCAAGUUUAGAGGUGAAAGUCGAGCGACCAGUGAAGCUGAAUGUAACAUGUGAUGCUGUGCAGCGGACCAUUGUCUUUCUAGAAAAAAUUUUUCCAAAGCUUUCUGAACCUUCUCCUCCAUCCAGUAAUAAUGUUUGUCAACAAAGACCUCAAGUUGUACAGACACAGCUGAUGGGAAUGAUAGAAUUGUUGGAAGCUGUUGAUAAAAUUCACAUAUCAACAGAACAGAUUGUCAUUUCCAUUGAGGCAAAGAACUCGUUGUGCACUGGGGGAUUUCUAGCUUCUGUUAUAAAAGCAUUCUUUACUUUAGAAACAACACCAAAGACUAAAGAAAAAGGUGUUGGGGCAAGUGGAAUCAUGUGCUUAAAAGAUGUUUUGCUGAAGACAAUGUACAACAGACAGCGCCACAGAUUUGUAGGACCUGCCAGCAUUGAGGUUGAAGCCAGUCUUCAUUGGCCGGGACCUGAUUAUGAGAGAGCCAUCCCACAGCUGUCACUACAUACCAAGACUGGUUUGCUGGAGAUCUAUGUUGGUCAAGAGCAUGUUCUCAGUCUACAGCAUCUCUACAGUCAGUUUGAGGCAACACUUUCUGCAUUGUCUGGACUACAACACUCUAAACAAAUGAAAGAUGAAGUGAGUGAACAAAAGGAGGACAUCCUGGUCCCCUUGCCUACAACCAGACAUUCCCAAGACGACCUGCGCUCAGGCAGCUUUGUCUACAGCCAUCACGGUGACAGCAGUGUGCUUCCUGCUGCCUGGGAGAUCAUGUUCAGUGUUGAGGACAAUGGAACACCUGUGAGAGGUGGCAUGAUCUGGUCGUACCCCGAGCCUCGUGUAAUCAGGAGGCUGAUUGUUCUGCCUAUACCUCUGGCUCCUUUCCCUGUGGCAGCAGCCUCUGACAGUCUAAGUGUUCCCUGUGUGCUGCAGUUUUGGGAUGAAUGCAGAAGAGAUUAUGUUUCAUAUGCAAACUUCAAUUUGUCAGAGAAUAAAAAAAGUAUUGUGGACAUUCCUGAGAUGAAAGGUAGUGAGCUGAUGAGACUCAGCAGGGUGUGUGUGUCACGCACCUGGCGGAUUGCUGUGCUUACCUCUGAUAGGUGUGAAGUGGAGCUACCUCCCAGAGAGGAGAAUGGACCAGAUAUGCUUGCACUGGUAACCUCGCUGGCAGCAAGUGUGUCUGUUGAUUCCUGUGCAGUUCCAGACUUAGUGCCAGUUGUACAAGCGUCACUCAGUAUGACAGCUGUUCAUCUCCACUUGAGUAACCAUAUUGACUACAAUGGUUCAAGAAUACCAGACAAGCUGAAACCCUUCAGACUAACCCCAUCAGUGCCCAGUGAUGAGGAGUGGGCCAUGCUGAUGCUGAGUCACUUAAGCGUCUUUGCUUCCCAUAUAACUGGUUUACAAAACUGUACUUCAGUGGCAGUUUCUGGAGUUGGUCAAAUUGACAUAUUGGAUUAUAAGCAACUGGUUAUGGAGACAUUUCUAAGUCCAGUCAAUUUGCAGAGCAAAAUUGUGUUCAAACAUAAGCAGGCUACGAUGCCUCUUGUGGAAGUUAGGGUCAAGAGUGAAAAGGUUAGUCUCCACAUGGGAAGAAGUAUCAUGCACUCUCUGAACGUGUCCUUGCAGGCAUGGAAAACUUUUGGACCAAACAAUUCCAGUGAUACAAUUUUCUUUGGUCACAUCAUUGUUUGCAACAACACUCAGGAAACUUUGAGGUUUGGGCAGGUGGAUACAGAUGAAAAUCUUGCUCUUCAGUCAAAUCACAUGACCUCUUACAGCUGGCGUUCAGGCAGCAAGAAUAGGCAACUGCAUCUCUGUCUGGACAAAGCCACUUGGCGUUGGUGUGCUCCUGUUUGUGUGGAGGUUGAAGGCUGUGUUGUGCGUGUAGUGCCUAUAGAUCAACAUUACACUCUCAUCAUCAAAAUACGACGACUAUCCUCAGUCUACAUGCAGUUGAUUGUUUCAGGCCAGCUGGUGUUGUCUAAUCAGCUUUCUCAGGCUUUGGAGCUUAACCUAAGUUUAGGGGACCACACCUCUAGAACAGAGAGUACAGUACUUAUGGAUGCCAGCAGUGUGCUACCAACACUUGUCAUGGAACAUGAGCAUGUAUGUGCCAUCAGGGUCAGAUUUCUUGGUGGCUACAACAUGUGGUCAGACUUGGUCAAGCUGAGAGGCAAGACUGUACAAGAGAAUCAGUUGCUGAAGAUGAUGUUACCAGAUGGAAAAAAUUUCAUCCAUGUGUGGUGCCACAUAUUCUGUCAAAGGUUCAGUGAUGCUGUUCAAAAACUUAUUGUUUUCUCUCCACUUUUUGUGCUUCGGUCACAUCUGCCCCGCCCUUUGCUGGUUAAGAUUGAAACCCCCAGCAGCCGGCAUCUCCAGCAGGUGAAGCUUCAUGGUCAGGGCCAGGCAUUCCAGCUUUACUGCAAAGGGGAGAGCACCGCACAUCACUUAUCUUUCAAGCUUGGGCCAGACCUGCCACACUCAAGUCCACCAGUGGUGCUGUCCGACAGUCUGGUGCAGCAGGUUAAGAAGCCAGACAUGAUCAUGGUGGACAUUGAUCAGUUGUGUCAGCAACAUUGUGAGACAAAGGAAGACUUGUCUGGCCCUGCUAUAAGCCAUACUCGGGCAGGUUCACACAAGGCUGAUGCAGCAGACAUCGUAGCUCCAUUUUUAAGACCUAUUGGUCACUUGGAUGAGAAGGAUUGCAGUCUUCUAGAGGCAGAACAACCUAGCAUGGACCUCAACAUCCACCUUUCACAGCACAAAGCUGGCUGCAGUACUGUACUUGUAGACAUAGCACCAUGGUGUCUUCUGACUAAUACUGCCCCCUGUACCUUGGUUCUUAUUGCUUCAGGACAUCGACUACAUGUUCCCAGUGGCAGCACCAUUGCCCCACCUAAACUGCAGGAAUUUUCCAUAGGUUUUGAGCGCUCUAGGCUGCUCUUUGAGACACGACCCAUCAAGCUGAGUGAAGAUGAACAAAUAGAGCACCGCUACAGUUCAGACAUUGAAGAUGUUCUCUUGUUAGAUGGCCAGGUGUACACUCAGUUAUUAAUACCACCAGAAAAAGAGGGGGGUACAGCACAGGUGUUGGCAUUGUCAGCAUCAUCUAAUUAUGUACAAGGUAUACGCAUGUUGACAGUGAGUCAGCAAUUUACAUUCAUUAACAACACAGCAUGGGACCUUGAAGUGCGUUUGUUGGCAGUCCCAGAAGGCACAUGUGAAGUCCAGCUAUCAGAUUUUGAAUAUUCUCUUCACUCUUCAGUGGUUCCACAUUCAAGUGAGGAUAAUAGAAAGCAACUACUUGUCUGGCAGAUGAUAGGGCAUGCCAGCUCCCAUCUAAUCUUCUAUAUUAUGUUGAAACUGGCUGCGUCAAAGCAGACGACUGUGAACUGUGAGGGAUGUGCCUUUGCGUGGAGUGUGCCUGUUCGUGUGCCCUGGACAAGAGAAGGUUCACACUGUAUGGUUGCUGUGCCCAGACAUCAGGAAGAUUUGUGUUGCUCAGUUGCAGUUAGCAUGACCUGCCACAAAGAUAGUAGUGGUCUGUACAUCAUGUUAACACCAGACAAUGCACCCAUGUGCAUUCUACACAACCUGUGCCCCUUUGUGCUGCAGUUUGGUCAGGGACUAGACAAACACCUCUGUAGUGUUCCUGAAACGGUGGUGGAGGAGACGGAGCUGCUGGAGGCAGUGCCACAUGUCACUAGCUGGGGCUGGUGUCAUUAUACUAUGCCUCAUGUCAGUGCCAGAUUUCCUGCCAUUGAUGUUGGCCCUCUUCCUCCACUGCAUGUGCGUGUGGUCAGCCCAGAGACUUCUCAGGACCUGGCAAGCCACCAUCACCAACCAGCAUGCCAAAGCAAGCAGAUAUCACCAUGGUCUCCAGGCAUUUCACUUAGCUUGGCAAACACCUUUGUACAGAUUCCUGCUGUGGCCAACAUGAAAGUCAGUAUUCAGGUCAUAUCCAUGGUGAAGCAUGUGACCUUUAGCCUUGUGAGCAAGGCUGAGAUUUCAUCAACCGCUGUUCAACAUGCAAAGAGUACUCAGAGAGUAGUGAGAAUGGUUGACAGUGUGGAAAUUAUGGAGCAUAAGGUGGCAGCUGGUGCGCAGUCAGAGGAAGCGCACACUCUGCCAGUGAGAAGUGCUCACCAUCCUGCAGCAGUUAGCUGCCCACUGUGGCCAACGCUGACUGUGGAGGUGCAUCUGGAAGCCUUUAGUUUUACUCUCUGGGAUGACAGUCAUGCAGACAUUCUUUCUGAAGCACUACAUAUACACCUGGACCAUAUACUGCUUACUUGCUACCCUGUAGGGGGCGCUGGUGGCAGCACCUGCAUGGCACUCUGUCUUGGUGAUGUGCAUGCAUACAACCCUAAGGCUCAUAUCGGACACUUUGACUUCCCAGUCAUCUUUAUGUCGGAAAAAUCUCCCAGCAUGCUGGAUUUCAAGGUAGCACAAGCUUGGGGAUGGGAACAGCAUGCAGUGAUGCGUGCUGCCAGUGUUGUGCAGCUGCAGUUUGUGCUGAGUAAAGACAUUCAUUACACUGAAGGCAUAGUCUUUGAAUCUAUACUAAUGGGCAUCAAGCCUGUGAGGAUUUAUGUAGAGGACACAUUUAUAUUUUACUUGAUGAAAGAGUGCGCAGCUUACAUGCCUGUGUCAUUGUCAUUGAAACCCCAACAUCAGAGCGACUUUUCUGGGCAUAUGACAGUACAGGAUUUUGGUUAUGUUGGACAGCCUCUUAGGAUACAGCAUGUCUGCUUGCAGUCUUGCAAUAUCUUGUUGAGUGUCCAUGCCUCUGUCAAGAUGUUUUUAGCCACAGACCACACGCCACUAACAUUCGCUGCGUUUGAACGACAAAGCCUUUUCACUUCUGCACAACAGCUGCUAUAUUCAGUUGCUAUGCAUUACAUCACUUCAGCCAUCUUCAGAGCAGGGAUGGUGGUCGGAUCACUGGACAUUCUAGGGAGUCCAACUGGGCUAGUUCGAAGUGUCAGACUGGGCAUGACAGACUUUGUUCGUCUUCCAUACCAAGGACUUAUUCAUGGCCCUCUAGCAUUUGUCACUGGAGUACGUGGGGGCACAGCCUCUCUGCUCCGUAAUGUAACUGCAGGUGUGGUUACGUCAGUCACAAACUUUGCCUCCAGUGUAUCUCGUAACAUGGACCGCCUCUCCCUGGAUGAUGAGCACAGAGAACGUCAGGAGGAAACAAGGCGGCGACAACCAUCAGGACUCUCAUCAGGACUUUGGCAGGGCCUCUCAGGCUUUGGACUUAGUCUUCUUGGAGCUGUGGCGGGUCUGGUGGAUCAGCCCAUUCAAACUGUGCUGGAACUGGAAGAGGAGCAGAAGUUGACCAGGAGAGCCGGGCAUCUAAUGGCUGGAGUGGGCAAGGGCCUCAUUGGUAUCAUCACCAAGCCUAUAGGUGGCGCUGCCGAACUGGUGUCACAGACUGGUCAAGGCUUGUUGCAAGGUGCUGGACUCAGACAACCAACAGCCGUCCGUCAGCCAGCUAGCGACAUACCACGUCACAGUUUACCUUCAGCCUUGUUGAAGUAUUCCAUGAAGAUGCUGCCAAACACAGAGCUCAUUGUUGCAGUCUCAGCAAUGCAGGAGGACCUGCUUGGUCAACUGGUCCCUGUGGUGCUGUUAUUGACUAGUGACAUGCUGAUAGUUAUUAGCUGUGAAGAUGAUGCCAAGCAGCAAGCCUUUGACCUUUUAGAACUGGACUGUUUGCCCGAUGGUGGUUGUGGGAAUGAGGACCUGGUUGCAGCAUUUGUCAGCUCCACUGUUGCUCUUCUUCCAUCCGUGAGCAAUGCUGGCAAUGAUCAGGACAUCAAUGAUACCCAGAAGUGUGGACAAAUGUCGUUCUUGCCAACAGAAGUUGCUUCUAAGAAACCUUGUGACCUGGAUGCUGAUGUCAGUGUUGUUCACACCAUUCCUCACUAUUUUCAGCUGGGAGAGUUGAAGGCAGUCAGUGCUGAUAUGGAAGAGAGCGGUGACCUGGUAAACCACAGCAGAGUGGUCUCAUAUGAUUUGCAAUUGCCAGUUGACCAUGCACACCUCUUGCUGUCAGCCUUCUGCCAGGCCAAGCGUAACAAGCUGGGUAAAGGCUUCCUUGUGUAG